UCGAUAACACAGUUAUUGACUCCUCGUGAGUAGACGAAGCAGGGAGAUGGCGGACCACACGAUAUUACAUGGAGGGUACCAUCACCCGAUAUUGAGGAGCUGGAACUCGGCGAAUACUACCAUUACAUCGGAGAACUUGAUUUAUCCCGUGUUCAUCGUCGAUGAAGAAGAUGCAGUCCAGGAGAUUACAAGCAUGCCCGGCCAGUUUCGGUACGGCAUCCAUCGGUUGAAGGAAGCGCUUGCACCCCUGGUGGAGAAAGGGUUAAAGACAGUCCUACUGUUUGGAGUGCCUGGGAAAAUAUACAAGGACAACGAGGGUACGGGUGCAGACCUGCCGACAACGCCGGUGCUGCUGGCUAUUGGACUGCUCCGCAAGUGGUUCCCCCAUCUCCUCAUCGCCUGUGACGUCUGUCUGUGCCCCUACACAUGCCACGGACAUUGUGGUAUUCUGAGAGAGGACGGAAGUCUGGACAAUGAAGCCAGUAUUGCCCGUCUCGCAGCCAUUGCAGUCAACUAUGCCAAAGCAGGUUGCCAAGUCAUCGCUCCCUCCGACAUGAUGGAUGGUCGGAUUGGUGCCAUCAAGAAGGGGCUGAGAGAGGCGGGUCUCGACAACAGAGUCGCCGUCAUGAGCUACAGCGCCAAGUUUGCCUCCAGCUUCUAUGGUCCAUUCAGAGAUGCUGCCAAGAGUGCACCGUCCUUCGGAGACAGGAAGUGCUACCAGCUGCCCCCAGGAUCCAUCGGACUGGCAGAGCGGGCGGUGGAUCGGGACGUGGCGGAAGGUGCGGACAUGCUGAUGGUCAAGCCAGGGAUAGCAUACCUGGACGUGGUCAGGAUGACCAAACAAAAGUACCCGACACAUCCACUGGCAAUUUACCAUGUAUCAGGAGAGUACGCCAUGUUGUACCAUGGGGCUGCGGCCGGAGCGUUUGAGUUGAAGGCCAUUGUCCUGGAAUCUCUACAAAGCAUGAGAAGAGCUGGCGCUGACAUCAUCAUCACCUACUACGUGCCGCAACUUCUUGACUGGCUGAAGUAACAGCGCAGAGAGACGACUGAUCACAACAUUCAUAGACUCUAAGACUGAAAAGAUACAUUUCCUCCAAUCUUCUCAUCGAUAUGCUCACAGUGUCUGUCCAUAACAUCCACUGCUUGAGCUGAGGGCUACUUAAGUAACACAGGAUAUAUUUUUGUUUGUUUUAGUAAAUGUUGGACAUAUUUUAUAAAAAAUGCUAUUUGCAGUUAACAGUUUAACUGCAGACCAUGUCUGUGUUCAAGUAAAGUUAAUAAACGCCAUCUCCAGUGUAGAUGUAAACUUAGCUGAGUGGGAAGCAGUGCACUUGACAUAUCCCCGUGUAAUGGGUUUUCGGAUGCUUAAAGGGGAAGUGUACACACAAAAAUCACUUUCUAUCUUUUUCUAAACAAAACUCAAUUUUAGAAUUAGUUAGUAUCUGUGUUUGAAAAUAUACACUCAUUUUUUUCACA